AUGGCCGCUGCAGCACCGCCACCAGCACCAACUCCGGCAACCACAUCAUUGUCGGAAACCGCCACACACCGGCACCCUGUGUUCGCCCGCAUCCGCCUCGCCGCCCCUUCCGACGUCCCCCACAUCCACAAGAUGACAUACCAAAUGGCCGUCUCCAAACGCCUUACCCACCUCUUCGCCACCACCGAAUCCUCCCUCACUUCCACGCUCUUCUAUCCCGACAACAAACCCUUCCACUCCUUCAGCGUCUUCAUCCUCGAAGUCUCCUCGAACCCCUUCACCGACACCCACUUCAACAACGACCCUUUCUACAAGCCCGUAACGAAAACCGUGCACUUGGACCUCCCAAUCAAUGACCCAGAAAAGGAAACGUUCAGAAAUCAGCACGGGAAUGAUGUUUUCGUUGCUAGGUUUGUGUUGUUUUUCCCGAAUUAUUCCACUUUUCUGGUGUUCUAUCCAAGAACAUAA